AUGCAUAUUACAAAUGUCAAGGCUGGCGCUCGCCAUGACGCUAACGCAUACGCGCUUGCCAGCUACUUUCGUGCCAAGGAGGGUCACCGCGGGAUAGCCUUGAAGGACGGAAACAUCACCAUGAUUGUCAUGCCUUGCUCUUCGGUGUAUGGGCUAGUUUAUAGUUUCCUUUUGAUUCUAUUCAAUCUGAGUCCUGUUCUGACACUCUCCCUGAGACUUCGAGACGACAUCCGUGUUGACUCAAAGCCAGUUUCACUAUGUGAGGAAGCGCCGGGUGUAGAGAGCCAUUCUGGAUAUAUUCGACUACAGUCUGGAGUUCUGAAGGAGUAUGGCAUCGAUUCCACUAAGAAUUAUCCCGUCAAUAUCUUCUUCUGGUACUUCCAGAACCGGAAGAAGAGGGCCGAUUCACCACUGACAGUAUAUUUUAUGGGCGGGCCAGGAGCUUCCAGUUUAAUGUCCUUGUUCCGUGAAAACGGGCCAUGUAGAGUCAAUUCAGACAGUAACAGUACCUCUAACAAUCGAUUCUCUUGGAAUGAACAUUCAGACAUCCUUUAUAUUGACCAGCCUGUACAAACAGGCUUUAGCUACGAUUUCGCUGAACCCGGCGUUCUUGAUGCCAAUGAUAAUCUGGUGUUGGACAGGAAUUCAACAGAGACCCCAACGGAACUCGCGUCUGGAUCGCGACGAGGAUUGUUUUCAAGUCAUAAUCCGCACAACACCGCAAACAGCACGCAAGCGGUGGCUCGCAGCACAUGGUUCUUCCUCCAAGUGUGGAUGCAGAAGUUCGGCAAAAGAGAGUCUUCGAAUAAUAAGAUAAAUUUCUGGACUUCUUCGUAUGGCGGCCAUUUCGUUCCAAAACUCAUCCAAUACGCUUUGCUUCAAAAUGAACGUCACAGCCAAGGUAAGCUGGACCAAGACCAGUUUAUUCCACUGAACAUCGGAACUCUGGGCAUGACCAACGCAUGUAUCGAUGGUCCCACUCAGCUUCCUUACUACCCCGAAAUGGCGCUCAAGAAUAACUACAGCGCCCCUCUCACGGACCAGGCAGGCUACCUGACAGCUAUACAUAACUUCAAGAAAAGCAACGGCUGCCUCGCAAAGAUUCAAGCCUGCCGAAAUGUUUCGACAGCUGCUGACCGCACCCUAAGCGCCUCAAGCAAUGUUGACGACAUUUGUCGUGAAGCCAAUCAGUACUGCGGCAAGCACGUCGCCAGCGUCGCCACGGGUAGAAGCUAUUUCGAUAUCGCGUACCCAGAAAAUCUCCUUGCCAAUCCCCUCUCUGAGACAUAUCUUGGGUACCUGAACCAGAAACACGUACAAGACGCCCUCGGUGUGCACGUGAACUUUUCCGCAAACGCACCGGUGGUCGCUCAGGCGUUUUCCUUGACAGGUGAUAAUGUCAAAGGGGGAUCUCUCGAGGCACUCGCAAGUAUAAUGGACGCUGGAGUGCCCGUAACCAUGGUGUACGGAGAUCGAGACUUUGCCUGCAAUUGGCUCGGCGGCGAAGCUGUCUCGCACGCUAUUCCCUUCAGUUAUUCUCACGACUUCUCCUCCGCCGGCAUUGCCGACGUCUCACUCCCAGGGUACCCCGUGGGCGCACAAGUUCGGCAGGCAGGUAAUCUAUCUUUCAUCCGAGUGUACUCCGCCAGCCACAACGUAGGGCUGCAACAACCUCAACUGGCACAAACGAUUUUCCAGCGUGCCAUAAAUGGGCUCGACAUCGCUUCUGGAACCGUUCCAGCCUCCGGGUAUAGCACCGGACACAUGUACAAACAUUGGGAGCAUUCGGGCGAGUCACCGCCAUUUCCCCUUGAGGGCGCGUGCUACACGUGGAAUUUGGGGCUCUGUAGUGACAGGCUGCGGACGCUAUAUCUGGAGGGAAAGACAUUGGUACAGGAUUACUUUGUUGUGGAGGAUAAUAAGGGGCGAUGUUUGCCGAAUCCGGUAAGGCCGUGUGCGAGGAGGGAUGGAUGGAGGGGUAAGGAGCUGAGUAAGACGGUAGUUGAUGUCAUUGUUGAGAGACAGAGGAUGGUUCUAGGUGAUUUGAGGAGUUUUAUGAUGCUCUUCAUGCUGUUUUCGGCUUGCGUAGGAUGUGUUGCUUGCCUGCACACCUUUUUGUUCGCCUGA